CCAGGGCGCUGACGCAAACCCACGCCGGGCAGGAGAGCUCGGAGGGCGGCUAAGAUUUCAAGAAAGACCCCCCCUGCGCAGACCUCCACUGGGCCGGGAUGACUGUUCAGCUGCGGCGGGGAGUGGCCUCCCUCCGGUCGACACGACGAGUAAAUGACACCAGCACUUGCUCUUAGAUUUGUUUCUUUUUUCUUUCUUUUAGCUUCCAUAAUGUUACCGGGCGCUAACGCAAACCCACGCCGGGCAGGAGAGCUCGGAGGGCCGCUAAGAUUUCAAGGAAGACCCCCCCUGCGCAGACCUCCACUGGGCCGGGAUGACUGUUCAGCUGCGGCGGGGAGUGGCCUCCCUCCGGUCAACACGACGAGUAAAUGACACUAGGGCGCUGACGCAAACCCACGCCGGGCAGGAGAGCUCGGAGGGCGGCUAAGAUUUCAAGGAAGACCCCCCCCUGCGCAGACCUCCACUGGGCCGGGAUGACUGUUCAGCUGCGGCGGGGAGUGGCCUCCCUCCAGUCGACACGACGAGUAAAUGACACCAGCACUUGCUCUUAGAUUUGUUUCUUUUUUCUUUCUUUUAGCUUCCAUAAUGUUACCGGGCGCUGACGCAAACCCACGCCGGGCAGGAGAGCUCGGAGGGCGGCUAAGAUUUCAAGGAAGACCCCCCCCGCGCAGACCUCCACUGGGCCGGGAUGACUUUUCAAAGCUGCCUCUGCAGCUGCGGCGGGGAGUUGCCUCCCUCCGGUGGACACGACGAAUAAAGGCACGACGAGGAAGAUUUCUGCAAGACAAAAACGUCGAAUCAAGAGGGCGGCUGCUAGCAUGCCACUACAGACGAGCAAACAAAUAUUCGACGCUGCAUGUGCCGGUGAAGUCCCACGAAGGUCGAGGUGUAGGAUCCUCCAGAGCCUUGCAGUUAUGCGGAAACCCUCCAUUCGGCCACCCCUAAACAACGCGAACAAGCAGAAACGGCUGCAGUGGGCCCAGGAUUACAUGAAGACUAAUUUUCAGACAGUCCUGUUCACUGAUGAGUGCCGUGCAACCUUGGAUGGUCCAGAUGGAUGGAGUCGUGGAUGGUUGGUGGACGGUCACCAUAGCCCAACAAGGCUGCGGCGUCAGCAAGGAGGUGGCGGAGUCAUGUUUUGGGCCGGAAUCAUGGGGAGAGAGCGGCUUGGCCCCUUUAGGGUCCCUGAAGGCGUGAAAAUGACGUCUAUAAAAAUGGCGACAAAUAUGAUUUGCGGGAAAGUAGUGGCAAUGAGGAGUGCUCUGCGUGCAAGGAGCUGGAUUUGUGCAGCUGAUGGCACCUUGUCAAUGCACGGCCAGCACAAUAAUGUAACUGUUGCCCUCUGUGACGGCGAGAAAGCCUAUAAAAUAGUUCUAUUUGAACACUUGGCUGCCCUCGUCACAGAGGGCAACAGUUACAUUUUUUUAAACUUCGGUGUGGACCAACGGGGGCAAGGGCUCCUCACCAAACCCGCCUCAAAAAUCUUCAUGGCGGCCGAAGUGCAAACCAGCCCACAGCUGGAAGAAGAGGCCAGGGCCCUGGUAUACCCCAACUCAGUGGCAUCAUCUCCUCAGGAGGUAGUGAAUAAACUACCUGAGGAGAUGGUGUCACUGGAUGGCGUGAUAACCGAUAUGCGUCCUAUCCGCAUGGUGCGCCAGCGAGGGAACCACCUGGCACCAUUUCGACAUUUGACGCUCAAAAAAGAUGAAGCCACUGUCAAAAUUGGACUUUGGCGGGAGGCUAACCUCGUAGAGCUGAAGGUAGGGGGUUCCUUCGUGUUCACCCACCUGAGUGCCCAGGCGACCGAGUCGGGAGUCAUGCUCCACUCGACAACGUACACGGAUGUAAAGGCCUGCAACUCCAGCCUCAUCAUUACCGUCGUUGGUAUACUCUAUGGGGAAGAGGUGGUGGAUGUUGUGUCGGAUUCGGGGGAAGUGACAGUCAUCAAACUUGAUAUCUGGCAAAAAACCUUCAGCCAGCCCCCCCAUAUCCCACAAGAUGGGAUGCCCAUUACUGUCACCCGUGUGCAGGGUGACGUGACAAAGAUUGAAUGUGUGAAUGAAUGCAUGAAUGAAUGAAUGAAUGAAUGAAUGAAUGAAUUGUUCGAAACAAUUGAAUGUUUGCAAUUUAUUGAAUGCAUGAAUGAAUGGUGAUAAAUAAAUGUUACAUGUUCACUUUUCGAACAACAAAGGACACUGAUGUGUUUGUUUUAUUGAUUUGUUAACACUGACUAUCUCUUUUAUGUAAUGCGUUUGUGCAUUAGUUUGUGGCUUUCUAUUUUCAUAUGUUUCAGAUUCCAUUUGGGAAGGUUAGUGGAUGUAGUUUAUCUUUGAGAGAGCUCUUAUUUUACUCAAUUAACAUACUACAAAUGAGCAAACAAUAUGAUAUCAAACUGGUUACUUUAAAUUUGUACAUAUAAUAUUCAUAACACUUCUAAUUUCUACAUUUUUCCACCGAUUCAACUUGUUCCAACUUUCAACUGUUCAUCUUUUGCCUACCUAUUCCACAACUUCCCACUUACCAAAAACGUCACAUCUUUCAUUUUGAAAUUCAACCCAAAUUCUCUCAAAUUCCAUUUUUCUACUCUAAUUUCUACAUUUUUCAACCGAUUCAACCCAUUCCAACUUUCAACUGUUCAUCAUUUUUCUACCUAUUCCACAAUUUCCCACUUACCAAAAAUUUCACAUCUUUUAUUUUGAAAUUCAGACCCAAUUCCUUUUUCCGUUCUCAUUUCUACAUUUUUCAACCGAUUCAACCCAUUCCAACUUUCAACUCUUUAUCUUUUGCCUACCUAUUCCACAAUUUCCCACUUACCAAAAACCUCACAUCUUUUAUUUUGGAAUUCAACCAAAAUUUUCUAAAAUUUCGUUUUUCUACUCUUAUUUCAACAUUUUUCAACCGAUUCAACCCAUUCCAACUUUCAACUGUUCAUCAUUUUCCUACCUAUUCCACAUUUACCAAAUACUUCACAUCUUUUAUUUUGAAAUUCACUCCCAAUUCCUUUUUCCCUUCUCAUUUCUACAUUUUUCAACCGAUUCAACCCAUUCCAACUUUCAACUGUUCAUCAUUUUUCUACCUAUUCCACAACUUACCAAAGAUUUCACAUCUUUUAUUUUGAAAUUCACACCCAGUUCCUUUUUCCCUUCUCAUUUCUACAUUUUUCAACCGAUUCAACUCGUUUCAACAUCAUUCUGCAGCAUUCCUUAAAUAUUUAUUCAACUUCUUCACCUUCACACGCAAUUCCUUCAGGAAUUGCAAAUUCUAGUUAGUGUGAAGGUGACACACUUCACACUAUUGUUAUUCCUGUACUUUAUUAGUGUGAAGGUGAAGACCUUCACACUAUUGUUAUUCCUGUCCUUUAUUAGUGUGAAGGUGAAGACCUUCACACUAUUGUUAUUCCUGUCCUUUAUUAUUAUUAGUGUGAAGGUGAAGGCCUUCACACUAUUGUUAUUCUACAACAUUUUGCGCUACCUUUUCGUUAGCUUUCUUUGGCGCUUAACUAGUUCCACAUACUUCAACCGAUUCACUCCAUUCCACUUUUCACUUAUUCCAAAAAUUCAUGGCAUGGGUGCUCACAGUUUUCUCGUUCCAAAAAUUUUCCGUUUUCGCAUAAUUCACAAAUUUAUGGCGAUUUUUGCCCCAUUCAUUCUUAAUGGCAGAUUCAACAUUUCACAUUUACGUUGUUCCAGUUUGAUAUUCACAUAAUUCAACACAUUCAAAUCACAUUGGGGACAUUCCCAAACUUGCCAAAUUCAAAAUUUUCACGUUUUCACUUUUAAAAUUUGCAUAAAAUUUUGCAAAAUUUCAUAAAAUUUCGUUUUUCACUUCUAACUUAUACAUUUUUCCACCGAUUCAACUCGUUCCAACUUUCAACCAUUCAUCUUUUGCCUACCUAUUCCACAACUUCCCACUUAUCAAAAACUUCACAUCUUUUAUUUUGAAAUUCAACCUAAAACUUCACAUCUUUUAUUUUGAAAUUCAACCCAAAUUCUCUAAAGUUUCCUUUUUCUACUCUAAUUUCUACAUUUUUCAACCGAUUCAACCCAUUCCAACUUUCAACUGUUCAUCAUUUUUCUACCUAUUCCACAACUUACCAAAUACUUCACAUCUUUUAUUUUCAAAUUCAUUCCCAAUUCCUUUUUCCCUUCUCAUUUCUACAUUUUUCAACCGAUUCCACCCAUUCCAACUUUCAACUGUUCAUCAUUUUUCUACCUAUUCCACAGUUUCCCACUUACCAAAAACUUCAUCUUUUAUUUUGAAAUUCACACCCAAUUCCUUUUUCCCUUCUCAUUUCUACAUUUUUCAACCGAUUCAACCCAUUCCAACUUUCAACUGUUCAUUAUUUUUCUACCUAUUCCACAACUUCCCAUUUACCAAAAACUUCACAUAUUUUAUUUUGAAAUUCACACCCAAUUCCUUUUUCUCUUCUCAUUUCUACAUUUUUCAACCGAUUCAACCCAUUCCAACUUUACACUGUUCAUCAUUUUUCUACCUAUUCCACAACU